AGAUAAGAGAGGAACCUCAGCCUCAGGCGCCGUGAUCUGGCGAUCCUGGGAGUGUUUCAUCCUCGUCUACCGAGCUGGAAAGCCUUCUGAAGGAAACAAAGCACUGCAGGACGACCCCAAGACUGACACCAUGUGGAACUUAGGGAAGGUGGCUGUCUGUCUACCUUUUCUAGUAGCAGUCACUUUGGCACAAGAUUCCAUGUGGAACAACUCAUACUUCGGGAACUGGAACCACAAUAAAAAGAGCAGAAGACAGGCUUAUAACACCCUCAUUGAGCCACAGACCACAGGUGUCACUGAGUGGACGUCAUGGUUCAACAUCGACCACCCUGGGGGCAACGGGGAUUAUGAGCGACUGGAGGCCAUCCGCUUUUACUACCGUGAGCGAGUGUGUGCCCGCCCCGUUGCCAUGGAAGCGCGCACCACCGACUGGGUCCCUGCUGCAGACACUGGGGAGGUGGUCCACUCCAGCCUGGAGAAGGGUUUCUGGUGCAUCAACAAGGAGCAACCGUACGGCCGCCUCUGCUCCAACUACCACGUGCGCUUCCAAUGCCCUCCAGUACAGACCUACUGGUCAGACUGGUCACAGUGGGGUCCAUGCUCGGCUACGGUCUGCAGCGACGUCGGGGUCCGGGUGCGACAGCGCCGGUGCAUGAGCACGCGACCACAGCGCCACCUGCUGGCGCCAGUGUGCGAGGGCCACCACACCGAGAGGAAGGAGUGUGCAACUCCGCCGUGCCCAGCCAAGUGGAGUGCCUGGGGAGCAUGGACGUCCUGCUCGGUCACCUGUGGUGGGGGGCGUAGAGUCAGAAGGAGGACCUGCAUGUCGUCCAACAAAGGUCAAUGCACGGGACACCCGGCUGUGGUGCAGAAGUGUGCUAGGAUCCAGUGCCCAGCGCUGUGUCAGCGCGUGUGUCCCGAGGGCCAGCCCAGCAGCGACUGCAGCCGCUGCGUGUGUGAGGGCCACCAGCUGCUCGGGGAGGUCCUCAGCAUCACAGGGGCCCCCGUGGCUGGGGCCCUGGUCUCCCUGGCUGAUGUCCCCAAGUCCGUCCAUGUCCCCACCAACGCCAAAGGGCUCUUCAGUUUCCAUGGCAUCUGUUCCGGUGAAAGGACUCUCGUCACGGUCACCAAGGAAAAGUUCGUCCCUGUCACCGUCCCCUCGUCCAGCAACAGGACCGGAAGGUCUUGGGUGAGGGCCGUGGUGAGAUCCUCAGAGAAGCCGUACAUCGUGAAGCACCCCGAGGAAAAGGUCCGCUACGAGGGACAGCGCGUGGCGUUCUGCUGCAAAGCCACAGGAAUUCCAGCACCCAAUAAAUACUACUGGUACCACAACGGGACGCUGCUGGACCGAGCUUCAUAUAAAUAUGAAGAAGACCUGGUUCUGAGAGACCUGAAGCCAAAGCAGAGCGGCCAGUAUUACUGCAAGGCCAGUAGCGACACGGGCAGCAUCAAGUCCUCACCUGCGUUCCUCACUGUCUUUGAUAAAGACUCUCCCACCUGCGUUUCUGCACCCGAAAGGCACUUGAUCAAGCUGCCAGUGGACUGCGUCCAGCCUGGGACCAGGUCCAGGUUCUAUAACGCCGGCCGCUGCCCCCACAGCAAGUGUCCGGGGGUCCUGGAUUUCGACAUGCGCUGCAAGGACGGUGUCGGCUUCUGCUGCGGAGUGAAGCGCAUGGAGACGCGCGAGAUCGACUGCGGCAGCUACACCCUUCCCAUCCGUGCUGUGACAGAGUGCGGGUGCCAGAAGUGUACGGCGCCUAAGGUGUUGGUCCGGGGACGGGUGGCGGCGGCGGAUAACGGCGAACCUUUGCGCUUCGGACAUAUAUAUAUCGGGAAGGAACGGGUGGGCUUCACUGGGUAUCAGGGGACCUUCACUCUUCAGGUGUCCCCUGAUACGGAGAGGCUGGUGGUGAACUUUGUGGAUAAAACACAGAAGUUCAUAGAUACGGUCAAGGUAUUUGUUUUCGACAAGAAGGGCGGCACUGUCUACCAUGAUGUGAAAGUGAUGCGGAAGAAGGAACCUGUGAAAAUCAACUCCAAGGAAACAAAUACGAUCUACCUGGGUGAGAUUGAUGGUGAGGACCCUAUUGGUCAGAUAGUGAUUCCUCCAAACUCUUUUCACAAAAACAGCGGGGAGGUUUACGAGGGUACUGUGAAGGCUAGUGUGACAUUCAUCGACCCAAGAAACAUCACUACUGCUCCUGCCACUCCUGGAGACCUUAACUUCGUUGAUGGCGAAGGAGAUAUGCUUCCUCUGAGGACCUAUGGAAUGUUUUCUGUGGAUUUCCGAGAUGAGACUAACCAGGAGGCUCUCGGCAGCGGGACGGUACAAGUGCUCCUAGACACAGAGCAUGUGAAAAUGCCAGAGCACAUCACCAAGAUGAAACUGUGGUCUCUCAACCCAGAUACGGGGAUUUGGGAAGAAGAAAGUGACUUUAACUACUCUCAAAUUGUCGGUGGUGGAAAUGGAAGGAGCAAGAGGGAAGAGCGCACUUUCCUCAUCGGAAACAUGGAAAUCAGGGAACGGCGCCUAUUUAACCUGGAUGUGCCUGAGGACCGGCGAUGCUAUGUCAAAGUGCGAGCAUACAUGAGCGACAAGUUCCUGCCCACUGAGCAGCUGGAAGGGGUGGUCAUCAACCUCAUCAACCUGGAGCCCAAGCCUGGCUACACAUCCAACCCUCGUGCUUGGGGUCGCUUUGAUAGUGUCAUAACCGGACACAAUGGAGCCUGCCUACCUGCCUUCUGUGAUGCAUUACGGCCUGACGCCUACACAGCUUAUGUGACCGCCUUAAUGGGUGGUGAGGAGCUGGAGGCAGCACCAUCAUCACCAAAAAUGAAUCCCAAUAUUAUUGGAGUGUCUCAACCAUACCUAGACAAGAUAGAUUAUCAGCGCUCAGAUCAUGAGGAUCCAGCUCUCAAGAAAACUGCCUUCAAAAUUAACUUAGCUAAGCCUAAUCCCAACAAUGUGGAAGAAACCAAUGGGCCAAUAUACCCCUAUCAGAGUUUAAUAGCUUGUGAAAACGCACCAGUCGAUGCAAAUCACUUCCGAUUCUUCCGUGUGGAGAAGGACAAGUAUGAGUACAACGUGGUGCCCUUCCAGGAAAGUGACCUCACCACCUGGACCGGUGACUACCUCUCUUGGUGGCCGAACCCUCAGGAGUUCCGUGCUUGCUAUAUCAAGGUCAAGAUAAACGGACCCACGGAGGUCAUGGUGAGGUCACGAAAUUUUGGAGGCACCCACCCUCAGACGAAGGGGCAGCUCUAUGGCAUCAGAGACAUUCGCAGCACCAGGGACAUGAACCUACCCAACACCUCUUCUGCCUGCCUGGAGUUUAAGUGCAGUGGGAUGCUCUAUGACCAAGACAUCGUGGACAGGUCCCUCAUCACCGUCAUCCCCCAGGGUAACUGCAGACGAGUUGGCAUCAACAACCUCCUACAGGAGUACCUCACCAAGCAUCCUCCAGUACUGCAGAACAACGAGACCCACACCUUCACCAUGCUCGCCCCCGUUGACCCACUGGGGCACAACUAUGGCAUCUACACCGUCACAGACCAAAAUCCCCGGGUAGCCAAAGAGAUAGCAAUCGGCCGCUGCUUUGACGGCACCUCCGACGGCUUCUCGAGGGAGAUGAAAUCUGAUUCAGGGGUGGCUCUGACUUUCAGUUGUCCCGAGAGAACAGUGACACGGGAGAGUCUCUUCCAACGCUUGCAGACUAACCCCGCUCAAACUCUGUCUCAGAUGGCCCGAGACAUGAGGCAGGUGGCGGGGAUGCAGGUCAGCAGAGGGGCUGCCCAGGUGGUGACCUUCCCCUCGAGUCUACAGAGCAGGAUCCAGGGCCGCAGAGUCAGUGGGGCAUCAGGGAGGAGAAGAACCUCAGCCCGAACACAAUCCAGACCAUAGAUUUCCUUUUAGGCAAGUGUUAACCCACUUAAACAAAAUUCCGCAGUAUUGUCGUUAGUGUAAUUUGCACAUAUGCCUUUAUGUUUAUUUCUAAAAUGUUUAGAACCAUUUUUUUUCAAGUUCAAGAGUUUCUUCAUCACACACACAGUUCUACAGGUACAACGUGCAGUGAAAUAAAAAGCUAGCCUGCUCCAAGACUGCGAAACAAAGUAACCCGCGAUAGACUAAAAUAAUAAAUCAGUGGAAGAGACAAUGCAAUUAACAAUUAGCAUGUAGUAAGUAUGGUGAUUAGUAAUAUUUUAAUUACGAUUAAAAAUUGGCUUCACACACAUUUAAAAGAACUUUUCCCUGAACUUUUCCCUGAAAAUAGUCCCCUGCUGUGCUUAUAUUGACUG